GUGUGUGUGUGGGGAUGGCUGGAAGGGGAGAGAGCAGUGAUCGUCUCCCAGUCUGUAGUUGAAAACGUGGGCAGAAAAUUGCCAAGGCAUCCAGGCAGAUCGGAGUUGUAAAUAACGACAGAAAGGGUUGUGGAGCGACUCACUACAGGAUGACUGGGUGGGGUUCGAAUGAGCCUGAUUUACACCAGACAUGACGCUGCUUUCCACCGACGUUGUCGCGCCCGAGCUGCCGCCGGUCUCGACUACCGCGGAGAAACCCGAGCAGAAGAUGAUGGAGAAGAGGGCCAAGGUUAUCGAGGAGCUGCUGCAAACGGAGGCAGACUACAUCAAGGACCUGGAGAUGUGUGUGGACAAAGUGCUCAUCCCUCUGCAGGAUAAACAGCUGCAGCAGGUGGAUUGCGAAGCUCUCUUCGGGAAUAUCCAGACCGUGAUCGACAUCUCCAAACGUCUUCUCGAGGAACUGGAGGAAACGGACAGCAUCGGUCGGGUGUUCCUGUGCUACAGGAACGAGCUCCAGGACAUGUACAACGUGUACUGUCAGAACCACGAGGAGGCCAUCGCCUUGCUGGAGAUGUACGAGAAAGACCUCGAGAUCCAGGGGCACGUCAACGCCUGCCUGGAGCACCUCCGAACACUAUAUCGUCAGUGGGGCAAAACGAACUACAUUAACCUGGGCUCAUUCCUGAUCAAGCCGGUACAGCGGGUGAUGAGGUACCCCCUGCUGCUGUCAGAGCUACUGAACACCACCCCGGAGAGACACCACGACAGGAAGCUGCUGGAGGAGGCCGUGAUCGCUAUCAAGGAGCUCAAUUUCAACAUCAACGAGCACAAGCGACGCAAGGACCUGGUGCUGAAGUAUCGCAAAGGUGAUGAAGACUCGCUGAUAGACAAGAUUUCCAAAUUAAGCAUGCACUCCAUCAUAAAGAAAUCUAACCGCGUGAGCAGUCACCUCAAACAUCUCACCGGUUUGGCUCCCCAGAUCAGAAACGAGGUGUUUGAGGAGGUGGAACGGAGGUUCCGUGAGCAAGAGCGGCUGAUCAAGAACUUUAUCCGGGACAUCUCCCUCUACUUGCAGCACUUGAGGGAUUCUGCGUCGGUGAAGGUCCUGGCAGCCAUGAGCAUCCUGGACAUGUACGGAGAGAAGAGCCAGACCAACCUGGAGUGUUACCAGCGGGCACAACGCCUCAUCUGCGACAGCCUCUUCAACGACUUUAAGGAGCGGACAGAGCGUUUGGUGAUCGGCCCGCUGACCCAGCUGCUCGGCAUGUGUGCCGGCCCCCACAAGCUGAUGAUCAAACGCUUCGACAAGAUGCUGGACUUCCACAACUGCACGGAGCGGGCGGAGAGGCUGAAGGACAAGAGGACGCUGGACGAGCUGCAAGCCGCCAAGAACAACUACGAGGCCCUCAACGCCCAGCUGCUGGACGACAUGCCCCGCUUCCACAGGAGAGCAGAGGAGCUCUUCCUGGGCUGUGUGCAGGGCUUCGCUGAGGCUCACCGCCACUUUGUGGGGGCAACGCUGGCUGAACUCCUGCCCCUGUCACAGUUGAUUUUGUUGGUGAGCAAGGACACCACGAUCGUGGCCUCCUUCCAGGAAGAGCACAAUAAGGCCAUGCAGCUGCUCCAGGUCUUCAGCUUCUUCCCAGACUCCCUCCCUGCCUCCAGGAAGCCCUUCGAGCGCAAGACCAUCGAGCGGCAGUCUGCAAGAUGGCAGAUGUCCACGUUGCCCCUCUCCACAUUCCAGACGGGAGAACAGCGGGCAUCCCUGUUGGCGAAGUACGAGCCGGACAAGCUGCACCAGGCCGACCGCAACUUCAACGCUGCCCAGGAGCUCGACGUCUCUCUGCUGGAAGGAGACCUGGUGGGAGUCAUCAAACAGCAGGAUCCCAUGGGCAGCCAGAACCGCUGGCUGGUGGACAAUGGGGUGGUGAAGGGCUUUGUGUACAGUUCCUUCCUGAAGCCGUACAACCCGCGUUGCAGCCACUCGGACAUCUCAGUGGGAAGCCACUCCUCCAACGAGUCUGGCUACGGCGGCUCCUCGCCAGUGAUCUCGCGGCAGAACAGCGCCUCGGCCUUGGCGGUCAACCACUCCACCGGCACCGUCUCCUACUCCGCCCCCACCGUGGACACUCCGGGCCCCGUCACCCCCAGUGUGGGGGGGACGCAGAGGACAAGCGGGGGCCAGGGGCGGCAGGUCGCAGCCGACCCUGACCCUUCCCAGCGACCCCCCGCCCUGGCGUGCCGAUCCAGCACCUUCGACCACUCGUCAACCGUGACUUCUCAGCGGCCCAAGGAUUCCUACUCCACGGUGCAGCCCAAACGCUCCGGGCAGAUGGAAUACUCCCUGCCGAGGAAAAACAGGGAAUGCCGACGGGUGUUACGCCGGGCAUCAUCGCAGGAGGGCUACCUGGAGAGCAACAACUUUGACUCCGGGCAUCAGGUUUACUACGCCGUCUACAACUUCAGGGCGCGGUGCUCGAACGAGCUCACCAUCCAUCUCAACCAGCGGCUGCGCAUCCUCUGCUUCCACGACAUGGACGGUAACCGGGAGUGGUGGCUGGCGCAGGCUGACGGCAAGCAGGGCUACGUGCCCGCCACCUACAUCCGGAAAACGGAGUACACGUGAGGUGGGGAGAGGAGGCCGAGGGAGGGGUCUGAACGGAACAGCAGCAAGCGCCCUCUCGUGUGUUGGAAACACUCGGGCCAACCAGGCCGGGCGAGAGAGAGAGAGAGCCUCGCUGGAAGCAACAUCUUCACCGACUUAUCUGGACUCGAAGACUUGCAAUUGGGGGAAUAAAUGCUGGUGCUAUUCUCCAUCAAAACUCCUCAAUCCAAAUCUUCCUCGAUUCCACGGUGAAUCCACCGUAAAAUAUACGGGCCCCACCCCCCCCCCCCCCCAUGUUAAGAAGAACGUUUGCCGAUCCGGACUUUACCUACCCUCGGCCUCCUGUUUCCAGGAACACCACCGUUUUGAGAUUGGGGUUUGGCAGACGGACGGGGCUACCUAAUUGUGCGUCUGCACGCCGCUGUGGCAAACUGUUGGCAGGAGAAGGGCCGGUGCCGUCUAGAUAACGGAAGGCACAAGAGGAACCCGGGCCAGAGGGAUACGAGCCGUGGGUUCCACGUCUGAUAGCAUGCGGUAUGAUGAUAACACUUAGGCCUAUCCAGCACAGCCCAGUCUUAUAAACACAGCAUUUUAAGCUUGAUGUAUCCUUAUAGAAUGUUUUACACUACACACAGCUCGGUUUUA